AAUAGAAAUGGGUGGGUGAUGAAGUAGCAAAAAUAUCAAAAUAAAGGCAAAGUACAAGGUUUCUGUAAUGCACACUACUGUCCCUCGCCGAGAUAAAACCGGAAUAGAAAGCCAGACUUCAAGUCAGUAUAAAUAAAUUGGUCCAAAUAAAUGCAAUGAACUACAUGGAUUCAUGAAAUGAGAAAUAGCGUCAAGAGCAGAGAGUACCUACUUCAGAUCCCUCCUUGAGAGGCUAUACUGUGCCUCCUCGAUCGCAUAUUUUCGUAUUAUGACUUUGACGAUCUUGAGAAAAUGGCAUGAGUAUGAAGACUCUUCUGAUAUACAGCAACCAUGGAUAAAUUGUAUAGUUGAAGGAUCAACAGCAUUGAUAGUGAAGGCGAAUCAUCAAACAAAGAAGAUGAGCGGCAUAAAACGUCACAAAAGAUCAAAGUCCAAGCUAUGGACAAUAACGAGAAAAAGGUUAUAAAAUAAGAUAUCCUCUAAAGAAGAAAAUUGGUCAAAAAGAGGAGAUGGAGGCAGUGUGAUGCAUCAUCUCUCUCCUAACACCUCAAAUUCUGUCCUACGAACAAUCAAAAGUGGAGCUAUUACUGCAUUUGAACAUUCACCAUCAAUCAUAGAUGGAAAAGGGACUACAAGACGGAAGAAUAAUUUUAGUAAUUUUGAUACAAAUGGCCAAAGACGAUUUACUAUAAAUAACCUUACUGAGAAAGAGAAGGAUCAGCUAUUGAAAACAGUAGUCUUCACAGAGAAUGAAGUUUAUUCUGACUCAGAACACAUGAAUAAAUGAUAUAAGAGCAUCAAGACUGAGGAGGUCAGAAACCCUUCAAGCAAUCGCAAUAGCAAUACUAGCAAGACAAAAGCUGGAUAUCAGAAAGGGCCAAAGCGUCGAGAGUCUCAAAUGGUGAGACUUGACGUCCCAAAAGCUCAGCCUCACUACUCUAGGAGAUUCACAAAGGUUGAUGCAAGUGUUAUUAAAAAGCUUAUCACCAAAAAGCAUCACAGGCCAAGUGUCUUCAUCAAGAAUGAUCUUGGCAGCAUUCUUGAAGAUAUUAAAGAAUCUAUUGGAGAUGAGAAGGAAUCAAAUAGUUCCAUAUCAAGCAGUUCAGAGAGUAAUUCCUCUGAUUACAUCUCAGAAGACCCUAAGCAGCCCAAUCAUGACAAAAGGAUGUCUGCUUUCCCUGUAUACCAUAAGCCGAACCUUGUUUAGCUCUUGAGCUUAUGGAAAAUCUUAAGUUAGACUCCUGAAAUCUAAAAAUAAUUGUAAUCACUUCGAUU